ACUAAGCAAAGCCAUGAUAACCGUUAUAUUACGGUUCUGUAAUGUAACCAUUUCAAUACGGUUCUGUAGGAUGUCUUGCAUCAGCCCAUGGUUCUUUUCCCGGUCCGUUUUAUAGGUUAGUUAUGGUCACACCAACCCUGUCGGAAUAACACAGAGGUUGUGCUAACACGUGGCCUAGGCCUCAACUCAACUGUGGAUAAUGUCCGAGUCACGUUUGUGUAAAAGCUACUUUGACGCAACUGCCAAGAUAAGCACAGCGAGGGAAGUCUAGCAUAAGAUAUUCCAUGUAUUGUUAUAACGUUGUUGCAAGCUAGCAGCAGCAUAGCUCAGUUUCGCGAUCGCUUUGAAGUGACGAUUUCCUUGUGUGUAAUCUGGCUUUCUGUGUUAUUUUAACAAAUAUAUAUAUAUUUUUAAUUCCGAUAACGUUUUUCUUUGUUGACCAAUCACUGUUGUGCUUCACCUGUUUUGGCAGUUAUGAGAACCUCACAUCCCCUACUUCAUCCACACCAUGCAAGCGCAGGAGAAACCUGCCUCUUCCCCCAGCUUAAAGCAUACAUUCACAGACACUCUUAGACAGAGCCGAUGACUUCUUGGAUGCUGAAGAUGUAGAGGACACCAAUCCUGCCACUACCUUUCAAAGUAUGGAUACAAGUAUUUCUCCACAGGUAAAUGACAUUGAAGUCAUAACUGAAGAAGAUUUUAAUGACAUCCGGAACUCUACAAUUGGCUGGGCCGAUAACACCUGGGAAGAUGACAGUGGAGAAGAUGACAGUUGGUACCCAGAAAUGGAGAUGGACAAUGGGUCAUCUUCAGAGGAGGAAGAAAUGAUGGGGGAAGACAGCGAAUGCAGUGAUGACAGUGACAUCGAUUACGUGCCUUAUCUCUGUGUGCGGACUGGUGGAGCUCUCCAAAAGAGCAAAUGGCUGGACACAUUACCAGCUGUUGGUCUGGAGGAGACUGUUCAUGACCUUGAUGAUGGACACAAUUCCUCAGAAGUGAUACCACCGCUACCAGAGAAGACCCAAGUCCUCUGCAAGGAAGAUAUAAUUGGACAACCAGCUUCCAUUGUCUACCAUAGCUGUCUUAAACAGCUGGCUCAGUAUCUUGUCUUACCAAUCCCCAAGUGCAACACAAAGGACCCAGUAACUGAUGCUGAAUGUGGAGCACUUAGACCAUUUGAGGUGAAAAUAACUUCCAGGGGCACAUCAGUUGUCGUGGAAUGGAUAUGUCAUCAGGGUCACAGUGUCUGGAGGUGGAACUCCCAGCCCACUCUAAAAUAUGGGAUGCAUGCAGGUGACUUCAUGUUGUCCUCGAACAUCCUACUCUCUGGGAACAACUACGGGAAGGUGGCUCUGCUGUUCAAAUUCAUGAACUUGGGAAUAGUACACAGAACCACAUUCUUAAAAAAUCCAGGACGCCUACUGCGUUGACGCCAUCGAGGACUACUGGGAUGACAAGAGGUCAGCCAUUAUUACCCGGCUGAAAUCAAAGGACAGUGUAGUGGCCCUUGGUGACGGUCGUAUGGAUAGUCCUGGGUUUUCAGCACAGUACUGUACAUACACAACGAUGGACAACGACAGUAAAGAGAUCAUAUCAAUUGUCAAUAUUGAUAAGAGGGAGACCCAGAAGAAUUCGGUUAUCAUGGAGAAGGAGGCUUUCAUCCGGACCUUUGAGACUCUCCACAAAGAGAUUCGCCUACAGGAGUUUUGCACUGAUGCUCAUUCACAGAUCUCGGCGCUCUUCAAUCCAACAAAAGGCAGGUUCAAGGACUCUGGUGUUCGACACACCCUUGACAUCUGGCAUGGGUCAAAGAACUUGGGUAAAAAAAUCCAUGCAGCAGGCCUUCGGAAAGGAUGUUCAAUUCUCCUUACCUGGAGUAAGGAGAUAUGCAACCAUUUCUGGUAUUGCUGUAAGACUGCACAGAACAUUGAUCAGUUCGGUGAUAUGUGGACAGGUCUUCUCCACCAUGUUCAAGGAGAGCAUGAGUGGGCCCUAUCUUGCUGUGAACAUGGCCCCUUGUUGGCCGACAGGGAGAAGGAGUGGAUCCAGAGUGAUUCUGAGGCCUUUCAGGUUCUGUCAGAAAUAGUGCUGGAUGAGCACUGGCUGAAGAAUGUGGAGAAGUUCCUGAGUUUCAGGUCAACCGCUGAGCUGGAAUCCUUCCAUAAUCAUAUACUGAUGUAUGCCAGCAAGCGAUUCAGCUUUAGCCCACCUGUUUACAAGGCUCGCACCCUCUUAGCAGCGUUGGACUAUAACCAUCAUGUUCACAGACCGGUGAAGAGGAAGGCUGAUGGCUCAAUAGAGUACUGCAAGCUCUACAAUAAAAAGUCAAAGACUUGGAGUCUAUACACUGUGAAGGUGGAGAAGGACUACGGAUACAUGGCAGACCUGCAGAGUGCUAUCCUAGAAGCCCGGCUGACAUCAGACAAGGGUUUGCCAAAGACCAGAAAAAAAAGGCCUAAUGACCCACGGCAAUAUGGGGUUCUUGCAAGCAUCCCACCUCCCACCACCCAGGACCUGUUGCAAACCCAAUUCCACAGAGGAGUAGGGCAAGGAAUGCAGUAAGAGACCAUAGAAGAGAUUGGAGGUCCCAUACCAACUAAACUGAAGCUGACUGUAGGCUGCUGGGGGCUGUUUG